GAAAGUGAAAGUGGCAUGGUUGAGUAUAAGAAGGAGAGGUUGAAACUCGGUUGAACAGAACAAGAGACAUCACUCUGACAAUCUCCAGGUCUUAAGAAUCAACACAGGAGGACUGCAACUUUUAAAUAAAUUAACAUGGGAGGAUCCUCAUCAAAAUCUACUGAACCAGAAUACUCGGCACCAAAACCUGCAGCGCAAGUUCAAAAACAAGAAUUAGACGAACCAUGGAGGAAGUUUGAAUGGGACAACAUAUCAGAACUGAAAAGGAAUCUAGAAGAAUUCACUCCAAGUGAUCCAAACGUUAAGGACAUCAAGAUUAUUGUUGCUGGUCAAAUUGGUGCAGGAAAGUCCAGCUUUAUAAACUCCAUCAAUAACGCUUUUCGAGGGCGGAUCACCUCAUCAGCGCUUGUUAAUGCAUCUUCUGGUGGUAGUACAAGUUUCACAACUAAACUGAAAGGACACCGUAUCAGAAGUGGAAAAGUUGCUUUGCCUAUUGUCUUCAAAGACAUAAUGGGUUUAGAACCUGAUGCAUUGGCUGGGUCUCAAGCAGAAGACAUCAUCAAUGCUUUAUUUGGCCAUGUGAAAGACGGAUAUGAAUUCAAGAAGAACCCACUCACUCGUGAGGAUCAACAUUAUACCAGUGAGCCCAGUCUCUCUGACCAGGCUUUCUGUCUGGUUUACGUCAUAGCUGCUGAUACUGUCCAGUUCACAGAUGACAAACUCAUUGACAAGUUGAAGAUCAUCCGUCACAGAAUAAGUGAAAGAGGGAUUCCUCAAGUGAUUGUCAUGACUAAAGUGGAUGAAGCAUGUCCUCUGGUGCAAAAACAUUUAAGAAAGGUCUACUACAGCAAGAAGAUCAAAGAGAAGAUGCAGAUGUGCAGUGAUAAAGUGGGUGUGCCAAUGAACUACAUCUUCCCAGUGAAGAACUACCAUGAUGAGAUUGACACUGAAGAUGAUAUUGAUAUUCUGAUUCUGAAAGCAUUGCAACAGAUUGUAAAUUUCGCUGAUGAUAGAUUGAUUGAGAACAGUGAUGACUGACAUAAAAACACAGUUAAUAAUGAUUUGUUAUCCUUGGUAUGCAAUCGCCUUUAUGUUUUCUAAAAUGUCAAUGUUUAUUACGUUUUUUUACUAAAAAUGCAAUCAAUUUUGGGCAUUAUAGUGAAUAAUUUGGACAUAUAGUAAAUGGUACAGUAUUUACAGUAUGUGCUUGUCAGUCAGAAUAUGCACUUUUGUUUUGAAAGACUUAAUGUAAUUCAAUAAAUUAAUAACAAAAAAAUCA